UGCCGGUUUCAAGCGAUAGAAGCGUUACAGUUCCGCGCAAGAAGUCGCGUGCUGCGGAUGCCGACAGUGCCCCACUAAGUUUCGUUUGCUACCAUCUCUAAAUCGUGUGUUUGUGGGUGGAAUCGUGUGUGACGAUUAUUAAACGGUGAUCAAACAGUGUGCUAGAAGUGAUCUUUUAUCAUCGCAACUACUACAAAACCUAGUGCUUAGCAGUGAAUACGAAACGAUGCAUCCAGCGUUUGAAAAUGCCGGCAUUAGCAAGGGCCUGGAAUUGUGGCGAAUCGAGAACUUUGAACCCGUUCCGGUACCGGUGAAAGAGUACGGUAAAUUCUACACCGGUGAUUCCUACAUCGUGCUCAACACGAAGGAAUCAAAGAGUGGAAUUCUGUCGUGGGAUGUUCACUUUUGGCUCGGUUUGGAAACGUCCCAGGACGAAGCUGGUUCGGCUGCCAUACUGACGGUGCAGCUAGACGAUCGUCACAACGGUGCACCAGUGCAGCACCGCGAGGUACAGGAUCACGAGAGUUCUCUGUUUCUCAGCUACUUCCCCGGAGGUGUCCGUUAUGCAGCCGGUGGCGUUAAGAGUGGCUUCAACGAGGUGGAAACGAAUGCGGCCGGUGAGAAACGGCUGUUCCAGGUGAAGGGUGCCAAGAAUGUCCGGGUCCGACAGGUUCCGUUGACGGUCGGAUCAAUGAAUAAGGGUGACUGCUUCAUACUCGACGCUGGAUUCGAUAUCUACGUGUAUGUGGGAUCGUCAGCGAAGCGGAUCGAGAAAAUAAAGGCCAUCAGUGCAGCUGGCCAGAUUCGCGAUCAGGAUCAUGCGGGUCGUGCUAAUGUGCAUAUCUUGGACGAGUUUGCAAGUGCCUCGGAACAGCAAGAGUUCUUCAACGUGCUGGGAGAAGGAUCCCCUGAUGCCGUAGCAGAAGAAUCGGAAAGUGAUGAAGUGUACGAACGAUCCGAUUGUAAGGCGAUCACUCUGUAUCACGUGUCGGAUGCUAGCGGAUCGCUUGAGAUCACUCCGAUCGGCGAGCGACCAUUGAAGCAGAGCAUGCUUGAUUCUAAUCAGGAUUGCUACAUUCUGGAUACUGGAGCAGGCAGCAUUUACGUGUGGAUCGGUAAGGGAGCCACCGGUCAGGAGCGUUCGCAAGCGAUGAUAAAGGCACAAGAGUUCAUCACCGCCAAGGGUUAUCCGGUUCAUACGGCAGUGCAUCGCGUUGUGGAGAAUGGAGAAACAACCGACUUCAAGCAGUUCUUCUCCAGCUGGCGCGACAAGGGUCUUAAUCAUGCGCAGCUUAUUAAAACUGCCAUGGGCAAUGGCGAUGAGUCGGAUGCCGAGGCUGAGUUUGAUGCGGAAAUUUUACACACCUUCAAGAAGAACGGUGGCCGUGCACUUGGCUUCAUGCCGGACAAUGGUCAGGGAUCGGUUGAAUUAUGGCGCGUACAGAACUACGACCUUGUGGCGGCGGAACCGGAUGCAUUUGGAAUGUUCUUUGCCGGUGAUUCCUAUCUCGUGCGAUACGAGUACACCGUCAAGGCCGGUGGACAUGGCUAUAUUGUGUACUUCUGGCAGGGCAAGACAUCUUCCACCACCGAGAAAGGCGCUUCGGCGAUGCACGCUGUCCGUAUGGAUGACGAACUGAAUGGUAAAGCUAUUCUGGUACGUGUCGCACAGGGUAACGAACCGCGUCACUUCAUGAAACUGUUCAAGGGCAAGAUGGUUACCUUCCUGGGUGAUUACGAUAAGCAGACAGCGGACGAUACGAAAUUGUUCCGCAUACGGGGCACCUGUUCGGAUGACGUACGUGCAGAAGAAAUGACCCCGAGUGCAUCCUCCCUAGCGUCGGACGAUGUGUAUCUGCUGAAGACAGCAGCGACCGUCUACAUUUGGCACGGUGUUGGCGCAUCCGAUCUGGAGAAGGAUAUGGCGGCAAACAUUGCUGGAGUAGUAGCACCAGACGCUAACCCGACCGUCAUUGCUGAAGAUUCUGAACCGGAAGAGUUCUGGAGCGCUCUCGGUGGAAAGGAUGAGUAUGAUCGUGAGCUCGAUCCAGCGGGGGCACCGUUCUUAUCGGCCCGUUUGUUCCACUGUCGCAUUCUGUACAACAAGAAGCUGCGCGUCGAAGAAGUGCCUCACUUUGAGCAAGAUGAUCUCAACGUUGACGACGUUAUGGUUCUGGAUGGAGGUGACGAAAUCUACUGCUGGAUUGGUAAUGGUGCGACCGAGGAAGAACGCAGCAAAUCGAUCGACAUGGCCCGUCAGUACAUCCGUACCGAUCCGUCCGAGCGUACUGAAGAGACGGUUCCGAUCGUUAUACUCAAGCAGGGUGCCGAACCGAGAAGCUUCAAACGAUUGUUCCCCACAUGGGACGAUGGCUUCUGGGAGUCGCAAAUGUCAUACGAAGCGUACAGGCAGCAAGCUUUGGAGCAAAACCAACAUGCUGCUUAGAUACGCAUCGAGUCAUCAUGAGUCACUUUGUUCCAUCAAACAACAUUGCAUCAUACCUAUAAUCUUUACCACAUUUUACUAUUCUUCAAUAAAAGCAUCAAAAAUGUA